AAUCCCAUUCAAUUCAACGAAGCGUUUCUCAACGACUUGUUCAAGAAUUACAAAAAUCUAAUCAACCAAACAUCGAAACGAUCCUUACUCGGUUUUGGACAAUGGCCAAGGACGUGUUGCUCAAUCCACCGUCAACUACGAUGCAGCCCCGUGACCGACAACGCCAGAGAGGUUAAUAAUUAUGCGCGGUUACGCGAGUACGGUUAUCAAAAAUCGAUGCACGUACCCGCCAACCAACCGAUCGAACAGGUAUAAAAGGGGGCCACCACCGUGCUUCGAGCAUCAAUCGAUUUUCAACCAGCUCUCAAGCUCGUAACAACUCCUCGCAACCUACCCGCAACAUGAAGUGCAUCGCAGCCGUCGUUUUGCUCGCCCUGGCGGCCGUCGCUCUCGCCAAACCAUUCGAGACGGAGUCGAUCGAGGCUGCGAGGGCCGAAGCGGAAGUGGAGGCAGCGCCUCGCGACAAGCGAGGGCUGGUGGUGGGCGCGGCUUACACGGCGCCGCUCGCCUACAGCGCUUACACGGCGCCGAUCGCGUACACGUCUGCCUACAGCUACCCUUACGCGGCGUACACCGGCUACCCGUACUACGCCUCCGCCUACUCCGCGCCCUACUACGUCCUCUAGAAACCACCUGCAUAUUUUGGACGCUCUGACGUAAUACCCGACGACUGCACCACGAUCCACGACAGCUCCCGCUCUGUCCGUGUCUCGAUCGAGGACGCACGAAUUUAACUGCGCGGGAGGAGAUGCUCUGGGAUCGACG